UUUUUUAUGCGGUAUUAAACUUCUCGAAUGAACAAGAUCAAAACCAGGCAGAUUUGUGUCACGGGUGUCGGCGGUCAAAUUUCGAGUAAUGUGUGUACAUUUUUAAUCUCUAUCAAACACAAUGUGUACACGAGUUGUAAAGGCGUUUUGUUUACUUCUGCCGUUGCUUUUUCAUGGGGGCAAAGCAGAUCCUUGUAAAAAUUGUAAUUGUUCAAACUGGUGUUCAACAAUAUCUUCGACUUCCUAUCCACCAAUACCUUGUACAAGUAGCUUAACAGCAGACACGUCUCCUGGGGCUAUCAUUGGGGCUGCAUUUGGGGGAGCGGUUUGUGGAUUAACUGUUACGGUGGUCGUCUUUAUGUGUAUGGGGCGCAAAUCGUCUGUUUUUAAAAAGACUCAGCAAACCUUUUUUGGAAAGAAAAUUCCAGUCCGUCAGAUUAACGAUGAAAACCAACAAACAUCCUCACGAGAUCUAAACACCAAGAGUGUGGUUUACAACGAAAUAAAUGAUGACUUGCAAAGAGUUGUGCAAACAAUGCAGCAGCAGGAGGCUUCAGGUAUCAAAGAAGGAGUGUACAAUCAUUUACAUUCAGAAGACCAGAAAGACAGGAGCGACUACUAUGAUCAUGCAGGUCCGUCUCUUCUAAACAUAGAGGAAGGCUAUGGUGUCUUGCCAUCAGAUAGUAAAAGCAACGGAAAUUACAGCAAAGUGGAUCCUUCAACCACACCUGACUGUGAUGAACCAAUGGCUUCUAAAAAUGCGCAAACAAGUAAAGAAAACAACGAAUAUUUCACUUUGGAAGCUAGCAGUGAAUAGAAUUCGCUGACAAACAAUCGAUCAACUUUAAGAAUCUGAACUGAUGAAAGCUAUGUACCUGUACAAUCAUGAGUUUUGAAAUGAUGGUCAAAACGUUUAAUCAAGCCGUUCUUUUACUUUUGAGGCAGUAUUCAUGUUGAUGAACUCUGUAUUUUCAACUGAAAACAGGUGAUACGUUUACAUAUACUGUUAUUUUUUUAUCAAAAUGUUAAUAUGCAGGUGUUUAGUCCUAUUUUAUCAAUUCCUUUCUAAAGCAUUUCUUGUAAAAUAUAAACAGAGGAAUAAACCCCCAAUAAUGUUCAUGACAUAAGUUCCCCCUGCCUCACAGAAAAACACUCCAUCACAAUGUCGCUUUUUUUGGGAGAAAGAAAAAGAAAAAAUAUGAAAUUAUUAUUUUUCUAGUUAAAUGGUGCUAGAGGAAAAUUUUCAAAACUUUUUAAUAAUUCCCAAUUAUCUCCCCGUUGAAAAAAAAGCGUCGAUAGUCCUUAAUUUUGAGAGCUUGGAACCCCUUUGCCUAAGGGUGCUUUGUUCAAAGUUUCGUUGAAAUUGGCCCAGUGGUUGAAGAGAAGAUGUUCAAAAUGUGAAAAGUUUAAGAAUUUUAAAUCAUUAUUAUAGCAUUGAUUAAUUUAUAUUUGACGUCGUCGUUUCAAAAACUGUCGUAGGGUAUGCAGACAAAUUGAAUAACGGGCGUUUUGAUAAUUUGUCUGCUCAACUCGACGACGUCAAAUAUUAAUCUUUUAAUUCUUAUAUUUACAUUCCCUUACUGGUGAAAUAAAAUGCAGAUCACGGAAGGAGUAAAUUAGUAACACAAAGAAUAACUGUUUAAUAAAAACCGGUUUAAAGUGGUUAUCACAUAGACUGUUGAGAUCGAAAAUAUAAAAAAAAAAUGAAAAAUAACUCGUAUAAAACUUCUUGUCAAAACAUAUAUAUUGAUUUGAAAUUCAAAGAGUCCAGUUAUAUAAUGAAAUAUACAGCGACAUUCUUAACUACAUGUUUACUGAAAAGUCAAGGUACAGUACCGAUCAGACCCAACGUAACACCAGAGUAAACACCAACUAAACUACGAGUUUACUUUUUGGGUUUACUAAGAGUUUACUCUGGGUUUACUUUUUGAAAAUUUGGGUCCACUCGGGGUUUACUUUGAAAUUGCUUUUGAGGUCUACUGUAUGCACCAAAGUGUGUAGCAGACUAGUAUUUUAUCUUACCAUCCUACUGCCUGUAAUUCCUACCCUUUGUAUAUUCCGAAUACACAGUUAGCGUCUGCUUUCAGGGGUAUACUUCUGACUGGGUUUACUCUCUGUGUCCACUCUGGGUUUACUCUAGUAAACCCGAAGUAAAUCCAGAAAGUAAACCCAGGGUUUAGUUGGGGUUUACUUUCUGUUAGGUUGGGUCUGAUCGGUACUGUAAGUUAUUAAAUGGCGGAAACCUACCAUCCAGUGAGUUAUUAGUUAUCUGCUGGUCACCUCUCUGUUUAAUGAAAGACAUAUGUAGAGUUUUGUGUUACGAUUUUCCAUGUAAUUAAUUGUAAUUGUCUUAUCUUUUAAAAAGACCAUUCAUUAUAGAAUCCAAUCUUUUAGGAAAGUAUGGAAAAAAUAUUCGAACUAGAUACAAAACAUUUUUGCAUACCUUUACUUGACAUGCUUUAACUUUUUGUAAAGAUCAUUUAAAAAAAUGUUUUCAGACCCUUUACUGCUAUUACAUUGUUGAGUGUUUUAAGUAGCUUGCUCUAGUAAGAUUGUAAUAUUUUAAUGUCAUCUGUAUAUAUCAUCGUUACAGCAAAUUCAUAUCAUUUAAUCACUGGACAAAGUCAAUAUACAACAUCACUGUAAAAUGACCGACUUAAUGUUUUAAUAAACUUUUUGAUCAUUUUAUAUUCUUUAUGAAGAAUUUAAACGGUAUAUUGAGCUACGAGAAGGUGAAGCGAGCUGAUUGUGAAGCGAGCUGGUUGUAUAUUCACGUAGAUUAUUUUGGACAGAAAUCCAAGUAAUAGUAUUAUUCUAUGCACUUUUAAAUAAGAAAUUUUUAACACUCUGCUUCAGAUAUCAUUUUUUUUCUGAUUGUUUAUUAACUCUAUUUUUUAUUUUUGUUUUUCAUGUUUAAGUUUUGCUUUUAAUUUGUUGAGUAUUUUACACACUUUUAAUUGUAUUUCACAAA